AUGGCAGAGGUCCUAUCCCGGUCGCGAGACGACCAAUCCCAGUCUUACUAUAUCCAGCCAAACUCGACCUCUUCUUCGCUCAAACGCUCUCACUCAUCACGGACCUCGCUGCUGGUCGGCUCGCCGCCUUCCACCUCGCAUCGCACCGCCUCCGAACCCUCCUUUGAGAACAUCGGCUCUCUCAAACGCUCCUUCCCUUCUUCCGGCUCGCUCGCUGCCUCUCGCCAAUCCUACUCCGACUUCUCCCACUCUCAAUCUACCACAACUCCAUUCUUCUCCAGCCAACAGCCAAAGCUCUCGUUCGAGCUUGGCCAUCAACAAGACACCGGACUGGCCUUCCCCGCAUACGACGAGGUCCAAUUCUUCCACGAGGACGAGCCGCUGGAUCUGCCUCCUAGUCCACGACCCGAGGACGAGACGUCCGAUGCCGACUCCAACGACGGCAGAUGCGAUCGGGAUGACGAAGACGACGCCGGUAGCACCACCGACACUACUCGCUCAGACUCCCCCCUACCAACGCCUACUGUGGCCGAUGACACGGCAAUCAAGCACGAGCCAUCGCGACAUGUCGACUACCUCUCCCACGACUGGCGGGAAGAAGAUAUCUGGUCUUCAUGGCGGCACAUCGUCUCCCAGCGCAAGGUCUACGGCCAGAGGUCACGCCUUGAAAAUGCGUCAUGGAGAACAUGGGCCAAGUCGAAGUAUCACCUUCCUACCGUCUCUCCAGAGACGCUUAAUUGGCUGAAAGAAAGCGACGUGACCUGGCUCUACGGACCUCUCCAGCCCGCCUCGACCCAUCCCGUAACCCAGUUCUCGCCCGACCCUAGCCCACAGUUCUCGAGCGCCAAUUCCUUUGUCCACAAAAAGCCCAUUCUGAAAAAGCGAAGCAUGUCUGAAGUGAUGCUGCAACGCUCGCUGUCGACAUCCUCUCUCGUCAAACAGGCCGCUGCUGCUGUACAGGCUCAGCAAACUCUGCCUCCAUCAAAAAGACCUUCGCUUGGUCGUGCCUCUACCUAUCUUCCGACUGCCAGCCUCAUGGUACCAAGCAGCAGAGACCAACUCGACUUCCUGGAUUUGGGUUGCUUCUCCCCACGUCCUUCGUCUGGGGAUCGUUCACCCUUCGAAUACCCAAAACGCCACAUCCGCUUUGACGAAAAGGUCGAGCAAUGCAUUGCCGUUGAGGGCAAAGACGGCGAGUUUGGAGACGAGAGUUCUGAAGAUGAGCGACCAAAUAAUGAUUCCGACUCGGACUCAUCAGACGAUGGUAUUGUCAUGAUGAGGCGUCCCAAGAGGAAACGUGCGACUCGCAAACCGCUACCCAGAAGCAGUUCCUCUAGCAGGACCAUCGAAAAGCUUCCAUCCACCACUCUGAAGAAUAAAACUGAGAUCAUCGAGCCUCCUCCACAACCAGCCUCAUCCUUGGUCCGUUCUUGGAGCUCGAGUAAGCUGCCACAGUCAGCUUCACAAGAGACGUUGAAGCCAGCAAAUCCCUCGAAAAACCACAUCUUACCUCCCGACGAGGAGGAGAGCGAAGACCUGGACUCGGACGACACAGAGUCGCUUAGAUUGAGUGCAUUUGCAAACCGACGAGACAGCGUGGCCGUGCAUAGGUCGCGGACUUCAGGUUCACCCGCUACUACCCCAUCCGAAGAUGAGGAUGAAGACGAAGGUCUUGGAAUGCGCCGUAGUGCUUCGGGUAUGUUCAUGCCUUAUGAGGAGGAUGAAGAUGAUAUCGUCGCCGCUGGGCUCUUCGGUAAGGUGAGUGACACUCUGAAUACCGCAAAGGAUAUUGCCCAUGUAAUAUGGAACGUUGGGUGGAGAAAGUGA